GUCUGACUCUCUCACCCAAUGCUAGAAAACUAAAACAAAACAAAAGCACGCACCGUUUUCCUCUUUCAAGUAUAAAAGCACGUGUUUGUAAAAUCAAUUCUCACUCCCCCUUGCCGUGUGUCGAAGUAAUGGCUGCUGCUCUUCUUUCUCAACCCAAACCCUCUCUCUCACUUCCAGCUUAUAAAAAGCUUCAUCGUUUCACUUCAGUUCCACCUUCAGGAGUGCGUUUGUUGGGAAAGAAGGGAAAUGGGACUGGGAAAUUGUUGAUGACAAGAAUAGAAUCAAAUUCUGAACCUGUUGUUUUGGAUGAAAAUAAGAAGAAAAGUGUCAGUCCUAUUAUUGUCAUUGAUAAUUACGACAGUUUCACUUACAAUCUUUGCCAGUACAUAGGAGAGUUGGGAUGUCAUUUUGAGGUUUACCGGAAUGAUGAGUUGACUGUGGAUGAGCUAAAGAAGAAAAAUCCCAGAGGAGUGCUUAUUUCCCCUGGACCAGGUGCACCCCAAGAUUCUGGAAUAUCUUUGCAGACUGUUUUGGAGCUAGGACCUAUUGUGCCUUUAUUUGGUGUGUGUAUGGGUUUGCAAUGCAUUGGAGAGGCUUUUGGAGGUAAGAUUGUGCGAUCUCCUCUUGGCGUCAUGCAUGGGAAAAGUUCUCUUGUAUAUUAUGAUGAGAAGGGGGAGGAUGGUUUGUUCUCUGGAUUAUCAAAUCCUUUCACAGCAGGUAGAUAUCACAGCCUUGUGAUUGAAAAAGAAAGUUUUCCUAGUGUGCUUGAGGUUACAGCAUGGACGGAAGAUGGCCUAAUAAUGGCUGCUCGUCACAAAGAAUAUAAGCAUCUUCAGGGGGUUCAGUUUCAUCCUGAAAGCAUUAUAACCACAGAAGGCAAGACAAUUGUUCGCAAUUUUAUCAAACUGAUAGAGAAAAGGGAGGCAGCUGAAUCCCAGAACUAGAGAGAUGAAGAACAACGGAUAAUCUAGCAAGUAUGUGUGUUUUGAGAUGUUAAAGCAAUUGUUCUGGGUUGUUUGGCCUUAUUAUUGAAGAUAAAAUAAAGCAAAAGGGGAUGACAUAACUUGGUGGCUGAUAAUGUAGCAAUUUCUUUUCUAUAUUGUAGUGUGUCCGAUCAAAGCUCGGUUCACUUGACUCAAUAUAGGCUUGAUCGCUUUCACAUUUAAUUUGUGCUUUUCUUGUGAUUAUGUGAAACCAUCGAUUUUCUUUUGUUAAUAUUCAUGUAAGUGCUAGCCUAUGUUAGAACUGAAUACAAAGAAUAUUUACAA